UACACCGCAGUCCCGCGGGUAGUAAUAAACUAGCUUUGGUACUAGACGGUUGUUUCUUUUGUCCGCCAUUACCUACAGACAUACCAUUCUGGCGACGAGGCGCACGCAACCCGCGCGUGAUUAGUAAAAGACAAUGAAUUAUAUCGGCAGUUUAACCGUAUUCGAUCAUAAAACACAAGAAUGGCAGGUGUUUUAUGGACGUUUGAACCAGUUUAUGAAGCUGAACAAAGUGACAGUGGAGAAUAAGUGUGCAUUACUUUUGACACAUUUAUCGGACGAAACCUACCGUCUGGCAAGGAACCUUGUACUUCCGAAUGAAUUGGAUACAGUCAAGUUCGAGGAGCUAGUGGAAAAACUCAACAACCAUUUUAGGCCGAAGAGGUCAACUUUAGUUGAUAGGGCGAAGUUUUAUGACGCAGCAAUAUUUGAUGGAGAAAGUAUCGAAAAUUGGGCGGCGCGGUUAAGAGGUCUCGCCGUAUAUUGUGAGUUUGAAGCUAAUAUGCUAGACACAUUGCUGCGAGAUAAAUUCGUUUUAGGCUUAAAAGUAGGCCGUGAACGCGACCGUCUUUUUGAACAAGAUUCUCGAACGCUAACGUUUGCAAAAGCGGUAGAAAUUGCUCAACAAGCGGCAUGUGCUCGUGCUGGAAGACCAAUCAGCACCGAUGGUGCAAGUUCAUCGCAAGCUGUCUUCAAAGAGGAGCCAGUUUACAAGGUACGAGAGCGGCGUAAAAAUGGCGCAGCGUCAUCGCGAGCAUCAAGUGACAGUGAGCGUUGUGAAGUGUGCGGAAUGAGAAAUCACCAAACAUCGCAAUGUAGGUUUAAAAACUGGAAAUGCAAAGGGUGUGGAUCACAAGGCCACUUAAUAAAAAUGUGCAGAAAUACUAAGGAAAGUGUGAAGUCCCAGUUGCAUAAUUUAGAGGUGGUUUCGGAUGAAAAUGAUGAUCACGACUGUAAGGAAUGCGAUAUGUUUAACAUGAGCUGAGCAGAAGUCAUCGGAUUUAACGGAUGUUUCAUCAGUAUCAUCACCCGAACCUGUAGACACCUUAAUUCCUAAUAUUGAGGCUUCGAAGAGUGACAAUCUAAAUUCAGAUGAUAAUGUGCCAAUUAGUGGUAACAGAGAUGAUGCUGAGGCAACACCUGAAGUUCAGGUACCCGUGCCCGAGUCUGAGCGUGCUCCUGAUUGCUUGAAAACUAACAUAGACGAGAUAUCUAAAUCUAAUCAAAGCUCGCCCGGACGUCCCGAAAGAAGAAGGAAAAUAGUAGAUUAUAGGAAGUACUUUUAAGUUUAUUUUAGAGUAGUUUUUAUGUUAGAUCUAGUUUUUAAUUAUUACCUAUUGUUUUAGAGCCUUAAGUAAGGAUGGAGGAAUGUGAUAUAUACACGUACACCGCAGUCCCGCGGGUAGUAAUAAACUAGCUUUGGUACUA